AACUCUUCUUGUUGUUGUUUUGUUCACAGGUUGCAGCCUAAUGUUGACACCAGACAGAAGCAGCUAUCAGCAUGGAGUUCCCUGAUUCUGUCUUACUGCCGCCACAAUAAGCUUUAUACAAUGAAUGUGAUGGAAAUACAAGAAAGUCCGAUGUUUAACAACAAGAAAAUCCAGCGAAAGUUACCACUCGAGUCUGUUCAGGUGGUUUUAGAAGAACUACGGAAAAAAGGUAAUCUGGAAUGGUUGGACAAAAAUAAAACCAGAUUCUUGAUCAUGUGGAGAAGACCAGAUGAGUGGGGCAAGGUCAUUUACCAUUGGGUAUCAAAGAAUGGAAUGACCAAUUCUGUGUUUACCCUCUACGAGCUGAUCAAUGGUGAUGAAACUGAAGGUGAAGAAUUCCAUGGACUGGAUGAAUCCAUGCUCAUGAAAUCCCUGGAAGCCCUUCAGUUGGAACACAAAGCAGAGAUCUUUACGUUAAAUGAUAGCAAAGGUGUGAAGUUCUUUUGAUAAUUCUUACUUCCAGGUGGCAUUAGCAGUCCCUUUAACACAGGAUGUGUGUGUGUAUAUAAAUAUAUAUAUAUUCUUGAGGUCACAGAUUUAAUCUCCCAACAUCGAUUCUUUGGUAUGUACAGAAUAAAUCCACUUUUUC